CACAAUUUGAGGACACACAGUUUUUAAUUUUACCAUUGGACAUGUCGGAGGGAAAACUCAUGCAGCCUACACUACUCGCCGUGGCUACAGCAUGAUUAGGAAUGAUGGCAGCACACCAGACUACCCUAUUCACACCAUUUGCUCCUUCCCAUCUGCAGCUUGGAUGCAAUGGAGUCUUCUUGGCCUUGCCAGUUGAAAAAUCUCUUGGGAUCUGGUCGCUGCAGAGUCUAUUCUCUAAGCCUCUGAUAUUGGAAGCGCACAAGAAACGAUUGCACUGUCUUCAGUUUGGUCAUCAACACAACCCGACCUUACUCUGUUCUGUUGCUGAUGAUUAUGUAAUCGUAUGGAAUGUACAGAAGGCAAGAGCAUCCUAUGAUCAAGGUCAACAGGUCAGGGGUCAGGUCAUCAGCCAGUGUCUGCAUGAUGUUCAGUAUUGUAGCUUCAGUGCUGAUGACUCUAUGGUUGCUGUGUGCACUGGCUGUGAGGUGCUCAUUCUGGAUUCAGGGUGUGAGAGGCUUGACACAACACUAGAUGGCCACACAGCCAGAGUGACAUGCGCUGAAUUUUCACCACACAAUCUGUCGUGUGUGGUUUCGGUAUCUGAAGACCGUACAUUUAAGGCAUGGGACAUCACAAAAGGCUGUCUGGUCUACCAGUCCAGUAUCAUAUCAGCAUCCCCUUUCCUGAGCUUGGUAAUGAACCCAAACUGUGAACACUUUGCUGUGGGAACAUCUGAUGGCCAGGUCAGAGUGUAUGACAUGCGGGAAGGUAAUGGAUUCCGCUGUCUUCAUCAGUUGGACAUUGCUAAGAUGCUGCAAACACAAAGGAAAAACAAAGAAGCUGAACGAAACGCUAGUGAAGAAAAAGGUCCUCGCACCAUCAGCAGCCAUCCUGCAUGGAAGAAACCCACUGACCAGCCUCUGACUGAUGGAGAAGAGAUGGAGGAUACUGACUUCACAUCGGAGGCAGGGGAGUCCAUCUUAGGCAUGUAUUUCACCAUCAAUACCUCAUCAAUGCAGCUUGAAGAGGAAGGCCACAACGAACCUAAGAAGCCAUCUCUUAUUCCAGAUGAUUCACUCAUGGAAGAAUUAUUAGAUGAAUCUCCAAUGCUGAUUAUUGGAACUCCCGGUGCAUUGAUGCAUGUUAAUGUACACAACUACGAGCUGGCAUCAUUUCUUGACUUUCAAGAUCCUAUUCCAUCUACUGGAGAGGACCAACAUUACAUCGCUGUUUCUGGCUCGUACUCCUUUUCUCAAACACCAGAUAAUGUCCAUCAGACAUGGUGUAUGCUUGGGAGUUUAUUUGAGAAUGCAGUAGACCUGAUCCGAUUGAAGACACCGCUCUCUAAGUCUACCUCAGCUCUCCCAGCGUUAGUGGACCGUCUCACCGUUAAUCCUUCAAGCAAUGAAGAUUUGUCUGCUGGUGGAAUGGACGGUGAUUCUCAACUAAUUACAGUUAUAUCCAGUGUGCCACUAAAAGAGAAGUCCAUCUUACGGACUGAGAUCAAAGUGAAACCGAAGGAAGUCCCCAAGGUCAAACAAGGAGGCAAGGUCACCAAAAAACCAUCCAGUUCAUCAGGGAUCCAAGACCAAGCUCUGACCUUCAAGACUAAAGUCAAAUCAUCCGGUUACACUGCGGCACCGAGGGCCACGAUGUUUUCUCCCAAAACCAGCACAACUAAAACAAGCUCGGCAGGGAAGAAGGAGAAAGGUGGCUCGGGUGCAGUAAGAUCUCUGAUGAAAGAAUAUCCGAUGGAUGCCGUACCACCAAACACAGUCAAAACAAAGAUAGAUGUAGCAGCACAAAGUACUCCGAUAAAUGCUGUUUGUUUCUCAGGUGAUGGUCAGAAUUUGGCGUGUGCUCUGGCCAACAGAUCGGCCCAACUGUUCAAGAUGCCACUGACUGGCAAAGGAACAAGUUUCACAGGGCACAACGCUGCAGUGAACUCUGUUCACUGGAGCCACGAUAACCAGUGGCUACUCACAGCUUCAGACGACAAGACGGCUCGCAUCUGGUCCAAGUCUGCGUCUGAGCCUAUCCUGACUCUGACUCACACAGACCUGAUGAGCGCUACUGGUGCAGAUAAAACAGCCAAUAAGGGAGGUAAUGUUUUACUGAAGGAAGUCAAAGCUGCCCAGUUCUACUACAUGGAUAAGUUUCUUCUCCUGAUCUCUGGCAGCACCCUGUUCCUGUAUACCUACCAUUUGGAUUCAUCAGUGGACGAUAUUAAAAGAUACCAGAGUAGCUCUCGGUACAAGUUGGUCAAGUCCUUCCAACUGACGCAUGGCCAGCAAAUAACAGCACUCUCAGCUGUCAAUGGAUUCCAUUCCUAUGUUGUGAUGUGUGCAGGAUCUGACAAGUCCCUGGAGAUUUUGGACAUGAAUGUUGGGCGCAGUGUACGGAUACUCCCCAACGCCCACACUAGACCAGUGCAUUGCAUAUGCCAAAAUGAAGGCUCCGCCUACGUCAGCCAUCCACCGUCGGCCUACGACCUGUUCACAACAGCAGCCGUGACAGAUAGUAUCAAGCUGUGGGAUGUUCGUACAAACAGGUGUGUCAGGCGGUUUGAAGGCCACAUGAAUAGAGCCCAUCGCUGCAGGCUAACAGUCAGCCCCUGUGCCAAGUACAUUGCAUCUGGCUCCGAAGAUAAAUCAGCGUAUAUAUUUGAUGUCCGAGCUGGUACCUAUAUUCAGAAGCUGUCAGGACACACGGAUGUCGUCUCUGAUGUUGCAUUCCAUCCCUUGUACCCAGAGCCUUGUUCUUACAGGAAUACCCUAUCAGGCCUGAUUCUGAACAAUGAUAUUUCUAUUUCUUGUUCCUCAAUCAAUUGA